AUGAAGUAUCCUUUGGUCAUCAAGAAAAUAUCAAUAUUUACAAAUCGGUUUAAUGUUUCUGGAAAAGUCAACACCGCGAUUAUGAUACAACUAUUAACUGAAACGGAAUACUGGGAAAAAGUUUUAUUACGAAUUGUAAGUGUUAUAAAAUUUUUGAGUUCAAGAGGUUUAGCAUUCCGUGGGAGUAAUCAAAUAAUUGGCGACAAUCACAAUGGAAAUUAUUUGGGAUGUUUAGAACUAAUUUCAAAUUUCGACCCGUUUUUACAUGAACAUUUGAAAAGUUAUGGAAAUAAAGGGAAAGGUAAUGUUUCGUACUUGUCCAAUACUGUGUGCGAUGAAUUUAUAGAAGUCAUGGGUAAUCAUGUAAGAAAAUUAAUUGUAAAAUUAAAAAAAUAUUAUUCGAUUAUUAUUGAUUCGACGUCAGAUAUUGCACACAUAGACCAACUAACAUUUGUAGUAAGAUAUGUGGAUCCUAGCGGAAGUGCUGUAGAGAGAUUUUUAAUGUUUAUAGAAAAUGUCGGCCACAAAAGUUCUGCUAUGGAAGAUGCCAUUUUGAACGAAAUGGAUGUUUUAGAAAUCAACUUAAAUGAUUGUAGAGGGCAAUCUUAUGAUAAUGCGGCAAAUAUGUCCGGGGCUUAUUCGGAGCUUCAGUCACGCAUACGUGCAAGAAAUGAUUUGGCUGUUUAUGUGUCUUGUGCAGUACAUUCACUGAAUUUAUCUGGUGAAUGUGCGGCAGAAUGCUGA